UUCCGUGUGACAGAACAGGUGCAAUGAAGCAGACGGGCGGAGACACACGCACACACACACACGCACACGCACACGGAGAGGCGGACUACCACGAUGACGAGGAGGCGGGGUGCAGUGCGAGCUCCCCGGGCAUGUCCCAACAUAUCCAGGCAUAGCGGCGAUGCGAGCAUGGGACACACAUGGUUGACAACACGGAGGAUGUGUAUAUGACUUUGUCUCAGUGCUGGUCCACACCGCGGCGUGUCUCCAUGUCUCUACCGGCCAAAGCCUCGAGAGACGGGGUGCUGGAGAAGCGCAGCGGCGGUCUUCUCCAACUGUGGAAGAAGAAACGCUGCGUGUUGACCGACGAAGGGAUCCGCCUGCGCGGCUGCAAAGGCGGCGCCGCCGACGCUCCGUGCGCGGCUUGGGGCUCCCGAGCGAAGGAGCUGCUCUUCGAACGCAUGGUGACGGUGGACUGCGUGGAGUACAAGCGGGGCCUGGUGUACUUCACGGUGGUCAUGGCCACGGGGAAGGAGGUCGACUUCCGCUGUCCGCAGGACGGUACGGCGUGGAACGCGGAGAUCGCCUUGGCUCUGGUCCGUUAUAAGAACCGGCAAGCGGUGCAGACCGGGAGGAAAAGACAGCUCUCCGCCGGGAAUCUGGGAGGCGGCGGGGAGGACGAGGAUCUAUGAGGAGCUUUUUACUACCUGGGAUGAAUCCUCCGAGAAGAGAUCUUCAGUCUUCAGUUGGUGGAUGAUGAAGACGUUCUUGUUGAGCUUGUACAUGAACUUUUCAUGCUGGCAUGCGGAGUCCAUCUGUUCCUGAGAAUAAUAUUUCCAACAUAAUAACAGAAAGGAAAAUAAUCAGUUUGUCAUGACAACAGUGACAGCUCAGCUCGGAUCUUUUUGUUAUGAGUGUCUCAGAUGUUUCACCAGCAUCUUCUACUCCCUUUUGUAACAUUACCAAACCAAACAGAAGACACUUUAUAUGUAUCUGAAAUCUUUGCUUUUAAUGCCGGAAAAACGACUGACUGUGGAUGUUUUUGUAAAAGUUAACACGAAGGAAAACUAUACUUUGCUCACAUUGUGUAUUCUAUUUAAUGAAAUAAUGUACAGUAUA